AUGAGAACCUCUACCGUCUUCACCAUCGUUUCUGGCAUCGCCGCCGUCUCCGCUGCCGAUUGUGCGGGACCCGGCGAUUACGAUAGCCAGGGCCGCUACUCUUGCAACCCUGCUACCCAGUACCCCAACGGUCAGACCUGCAAGACCAUUGACGGAUGCCCUCUGCUUUGCGACGCCAACGGCGCUCCUAUCAUGAAGGGUAGUGGUAUGACCACUAGCUCCACUGCCCAGCCCACCUCGACUUGCGUUGCCGGUGGUAGCUAUGACAGCAAGGGCCGCUACUCAUGCAACCCGGCUCAUCAGUACCCCAAUGGGCAGACCUGCAAGACUAUUGAUGGCUGCCCUGUGCUUUGUGAUAGCAAUGGCACUCCCAUCAUGAGCACCACCACCUCUGGUGCUCAGCCCACUUCGACCAACCCCGCCAACAAGUGCGCCGGCGCCGGCGACUAUGAUAGCAAGGGUCGCUACUCGUGCAAUCCUGCUCACCAGUACCCCAAUGGGCAGACAUGCAAGACCAUUGACGGCUGCCCUCUGCUCUGUGAUGCCAGCGGCAAGCCCAUCACGAAGACCGAUAACAACGGGAACAACGGUAAUGGUAACAACGGCAACAACGGAAACAAUGGUAACAACGGCCAAACUACCAGCAUGCCCGUCGUUACCGCCGGUGGUUCAGUUCUCAAGGGCGGCAUGUCACUUAUUGCUGCUGCCUUGGCCGCUCUCUUUUAA